AUGGCUGACUGGGAAGAUGAGUACGACGCAGACGGUGUGGCCAUUCAGGACCCGGUACCUAAAAUAACAGUGACUAGUAAGAAAAUAGUCGGGAGUGGUGAAGAUGGAAAUGUUUAUUUGGGGUUUAAAAGUGCAAACCAGUUUGGAAACUGGAGAGAGGCGAGAGAUGAGCGCAGCUGGGAGGGAUCCGAGUUCAGGAGCCGAAGAGGUCCAACAGUCCGCGGCGGAGGCCCCAGAGAGUGUAGGAGUGGAAACGAGAUGUCCGACAGGUCCAAACCACUGAUUUUUAAAGUGGAAAACAUGUCAAUCGGAAGGAUAAUCGGUCGUGGUGGAGCUAAAAUUCGUGAACUUGAAGAAAGUAGUGGUGCAAGGAUCAAGGUUAACAGGGGAGAUGAUGAAGGAGAAGUGGUUCUGUUUGGAUCAUCUGCGGUUCAGCAAAAAGCCAAAGAAAUGAUCGAAGAGCUUGUGGCAGACAGAACCCCUCAGUUUGGUUACGGUAGAGGGCGGUGCAGCGAUGGGGAAAGGUUUGGAGGAGGAGUGGAUCGAGGAGCCAUGCCCAGUAAUGGCUCGGUGUGGUCACAGGAGGCGAUACAGGCCUCAAAGGAUGCUCCGGCUCGUCCUUUCAUAGACUGGAACGACAUCCGAGAAAACAGAGCAAAGUACGAGGAGCUGAAAUGGAAAGACCUCCCUCCACUGAAGAAGAAAUUUUACAUCGAAGCAGCGAGUGUGUCUGUCCUCACUCCUGAGGAAGUCUGUGAAUGGAGGAAGGAAAAUAAUAAUAUAUUUGUGGAUGACAUAAAGGAGGAGGGAGAGAAGCGACCCAUACCCAAUCCCUGCCGUACUUUUCUGGAGGCAUUCGAACCUUAUCCCGAGAUUAUGGAAAAUAUUGAGCGUGUUGGUUUUGUCAAACCAACCCCUAUACAGUCUCAGGCAUGGCCUGUGUUACUCAGUGGGGAGGACCUGAUAGCGAUUGCUCAGACAGGCACUGGGAAAACUCUGGCCUACCUGCUGCCAGGGUUCAUCCACAUGGAUGGACAGCUUGUGCCCAGAGCUGAGAGGGACGGUCCAGGCAUGUUGGUGCUGACCCCCACCAGAGAGCUUGCUCUGCAGAUUGAAGCAGAGUGCAACAAGUACAGUUAUAAAGGAUACAAAAGCGUCUGCAUCUAUGGAGGGGCUGACAGGAAAGGCCAGAUCAACCUGGUGAAAGGCGGGGUGGACAUCGUGAUCGCCACGCCUGGACGCCUCAACGACUUGCAGAUGAACGAGCUCAUCAAUCUGCGCUCCAUCACCUACUUGGUGCUGGACGAGGCGGAUCGGAUGCUUGAUAUGGGCUUUGAACCCCAGAUUCUGAAGAUUUUGCUGGACAUCCGUCCAGACCGACAGACUGUCAUGACCAGUGCCACCUGGCCCACAGGUGUAAGAAGAUUGGCUAAAUCCUACCUAAAGAAUCCCAUGAUGGUUUACGUGGGCACCCUGGACUUGGCUUCAGUCAACACGGUGAAGCAGACACUGCUGAUUGUUCAGGAGGAGGAGAAAAAGUCGUAUGUUUUCGACUUUAUCAGGAAUAUGCAACCCCUGGAUAAAGUCUUAAUCUUUGUGGGCAGGAAGAUUGUAGCCGAUGACCUAUCGAGUGACAUGUCCCUGCAAGGCAUCGCUGUGCAGUGUCUCCAUGGAGACCGAGAACAGAGCGUCCGGGAGGAGGCUCUCAGGGACUUUAAGGAGAGUCAUGUUCGCAUCCUGGUCGCCACAGAUCUGGCUUCCAGGGGGCUGGAUGUCCACGAUAUAACCCACGUGUUUAACUACGACUUCCCACGAAACAUAGAGGAGUACGUCCAUCGCGUGGGCCGCACAGGCAGAGCGGGGCGAACGGGUGCUGCCAUUACCCUGUUGACGAGAGAUAACUGGAGGAUGGCCUCAGAGCUGAUCUCAAUCCUGGAGAGAGCAGGACAGGACGUCCCAGAAGAGUUGGUGCUCAUGGCGGAGAGAUACGAGAAGCACAGGAGGGAGAAAGAGCUGCUUUCUCCAAGAGAACAUGGAAGGGGUGGAAGAGGAGGUGGAGGGAGAGGCGGCAGAGACCGAGGCCAGAAAUACCGAUUCUGAUGUCUCACGUUGGAAUAGGAUCCAAAGCUGGCUGUGAUUUCUUCACAAUGUACAUAAGUUUAUUUUUUUUACUUUGUUUACAUUUUAUGUAGUUUUAUCUGUAUUGCCAUUUGUAUGCCAGGUAGACACUUUUGGUGUUAAAGAAGUUUUAUGUUGAAAAAUGCCUUGUUCCAAGUCGAGUGUUUGCUUUCUGUGUCUCACCAACCUUGU